AUGGUGGUUGAACUCGGAGAGGAGCGAGUCGACCUAGGAGGUGAGGUCGGAUGGGUUGUAGUGAACUGCGUUAGAGGCGAGCUGGGAGAGGUCAUUGGGGGAGCUGACCAUGACGGUCUUGAGGCACUCGAGGGGCUGAGUGACAUGUAG